AUGGUUAAAUGUGGAGCUUGUGGUAAAUUCCUUUCUACGGCAGAGGCCGUUAAAUGUGGACAAUGUCCAGUAUUAUAUCAUCGAGCUUGUGUAGGAGUCUCCGAACGCUCUAAGGUUAAUGAACGGUGGCAAUGUCCAGAGUGUAAAAGGACUAUACCAAAGGGUAACAACUCUUCUACUCCUGUUAGGGGCAUGGUUACAGAGAGUGAAAAUUUAAAGUCUGCAAUCUCCGGAACAAGCAGUGCCUCAGAAAAUAUGGCAACCAGCUCCCCUGAGUCUUUUCACCAGGAAUUGAUUCCGGAAAUUCGGCUUUUCAGAGACGAACUUUGUAGGGUCAGGGAGGAGCUAAAGGAUUUUCGGAGGGAUAUGGUUGAACUGCGGGAAUGUUUAGUGAUGAAUAAUAAAAGAAUGGAUGAAAUGGAGGGCAGGAUUAGCAUUCUAGAGCAGAAGACUCAAUGCAGCAGGUCUGUCGAAAUAAAUGAGCUCGAACAAACCGUUUCUCGACUCACGAGUGAGCUUAAUGAUCGAGAGCAGGAGUUGCUUGCGGCUGACCUUGAGAUCACAAAUAUUCCGGAAGAAAGAACUGAGAACAUCACUCAUACGAUCGUGUUGAUAGCUGCCAAGCUCGGAGUAUCGCUGGACGAGAGGGACGUCGUGUUUGCGGAUCGUGUGGGUGUAAGGAAUCAGGGUGACAGUGCAGAUGAAGGUAAGGGGCGGGGACGACGCGUCGUGGUGCGUCUAGCGCGCCGCCAGCUGCGCGACGAGUUGUUACGAAGCGCACGCGUGCGACGCAAUGCUACUACCGCUGAUCUUGGUUUGCCAGGUCCACCUUGUCGCUUCUAUAUUAAUGAGCGUCUCUCAAGAGCUAAUCGUCAGCUAUUCUACCGGGUUCGGGAGGCAACAAGGCAACUGCGGUGGAGAUAUUCAUGGACCAGACGUGGUAAAAUCUAUGCUCGUCAGGAAGAUGGGAAGACUGCUCAUUGCCUCCGAUCUGAGGCAGAUCUGAUCCGUGUUUUUGGCAACGAUGCAGUUAGGCCACCUUCAAGUUAA